AAGCAUUGGGUAGCAAUGUGGAGAUGCUGUUCGAGACUAAAGAAAGACUCCCGCGCAACCUGAUCGAAGUUGUGAUUAGGUGAUCCGACAAUGAUGCAUGUUGAUUGGGCCUACCUCGAUAAGCUGCGAUUGGACAGGGGGGAGAGAGAGAGGCGAUGGAGGAGAGCAUCUUCUACAGCGCUCGCCAUGGCCACACAUGAGGCGUGCAGUGCAGUGGACCGCUUCGGAGCUGCGUCAGUGGGAGUACAGCGGAACGGGUGAAGUACCCUUCGGCUUCAAAAGUUGAAACGGCUAAGAGGGAGCAGGAAGACGGAGGGAGGAGGAGAUCUCCCUCGUGAUACCCUCUCGGUUGCGGCCUAUCGAGCGAGGAGAGAGAGGGAGGAAGGCCAAUCAAAUCCCUCCGACUCUCUCUCUCUCUCUCUCUCUCUCUCUCGUUGCUGCUUUUAAGCGACUCUUCUUUUCUCGUGCGCCGCGCGUCACUGCACUUCACCAACCUCUGUCCCUCGCUCCUUCCCAUACGCAUCCAUCACCACUUCCGCUUCUCUCUCUCUGUGUAUAAUUCUCUACAGAGCUGUCUACUCUUCCUUUAGGUCUGCAAGUUCUCUUUCUUGGUUCUUAAACCUGAGGUUGCCCUGGAGAAGAGGAGAGCUCAGUGGUGGGGAGCAAUGGCGUGUGGGAAGGAUGGGGAGCAGGACCCUCGCAUUGGAGGGAUAGCGGCUUCCAUCCGCGUCGUCCCCGACUUUCCCAAGAAAGGAAUCAUGUUCCAGGACAUCACCACCCUGUUGCUCGACCCGAAAGCCUUCAAGAACACGGUGGACUUGUUCGUGGAGCGGUACAUCGGGAAGGAUGUCUCCGUUGUCGCUGGGAUUGAGGCUAGAGGCUUUAUAUUCGGUCCCCCGAUUGCUUUGGCAAUUGGUGCAAAGUUCGUUCCCUUGAGGAAGCCAAGAAAGUUACCUGGUGAAGUCAUUUCAGAAAAGUAUGUUCUGGAAUAUGGGACUGAUUGUCUUGAAAUGCAUGUCGGAGCAGUCCAACCUGGUGACCAUGCUUUGGUUGUUGAUGAUCUGAUAGCAACUGGGGGAACUCUUUGUGCUGCCAUGAAUUUACUUGAGCGUGCUGGGGCUGAGGUGGUUGAAUGUGCAUGUGUUAUUGAACUUCCAGAACUCAAGGGUCGAGAAAAAUUAAAUGGUAAGCCAUUAUACGUACUGGUGGAGUCGCGUUGACGAUCCUUCUUCUUCGUAUCAGUUCGUGUACAUUAGAGGAUUUUAUCUCCAUUAUCACAAGUUGAAGCUGGCUUCUGUUCUUCUCAGAUCUGUAAACUUCAAUUGGUUCAUGCCUUGGCUUCCUUCUUAUGCUCCCCAUUUUUCUCAAAUUUGCUUUGGGACACUGCAUUUUAUUUGAAUAACCAUUUGUCAUCUCCCUGUUCUCAAACUCAUUGUGAUCAACUGUCAUGCAUUUUUCAUCAAUACAAACCUUGGAGUACUU